AUGGUGGCCUUUGAUACAAGAUUAAAGAACUUCGUCACUAAUGCCAAGGUUGGAAGCAAAAUUGUUUUUAAUGAUGUUCAGUUAAACAUUGGAACAGGCUACGAUGCAUCCACAGGUAUAUUUACUGCGCCUUACUCGGGUGUGUACGUGUUUGAGUGGACUCUCAUGACCGAGACGUCCAAAGAAGUGCUCACUGAAUUAAUGGUGAACGGGAAACCAAGGUCCUAUAGCCAUUGUCGCUCUGUAGCUGGGCCGACCAGUGAUACCUGUAGCAAAAUGGCAGUGGUGGAGCUCAAAGCCAAGCAACAUGUCUGGAUACAGGUAUUCAUUCGACCAGCAUAUGUUUAA